CCGGCGGCUGCGGACGCUGGUGGCCGCGGGGGCUGUGGGGUCCGGCGCGCCGCGCACCUGGCCCCGAGACUGCGCCUCGGCAGCGCGGCGGCCCGGCGGCGCCGAUCCCCGCGGGCCGCGCUGCGCCCCGCGCCUCCCGGGUCCCCGCGCGCCUCGCCGCUCCGGGUUCUGCUGGGGCGGCUGCGGCAUCGCCGGGACAGCUGGGCAGGGGAGGCGUUGAGGGAUCUCCCUUCCCAGACAGCGAGGUUCCGAUUGGCAAGAUGGUGCCCCACUCUUCGCGCGCGCUCUUCCUUCUCCUGCUGCUCCUCGCCUGCCCUGCGUCGCGGGCUUCCCAGAACUGCCUCAGCAAACAGCAGCUCCUCUCGGCCAUCCGCCAGCUGCAGCAGCUGCUGAAGGGUCAGGAGACCCGCUUCGCCGAGGGCAUCCGCCACAUGAAGAGCCGGCUGGCCGCGCUGCAGAACUCUGUGAGCAGGGUGGCCUCAGACGCGCCCCCAGGUGGGUCCCCAGUUUCCUGCCCAGCUCUGAACGCCCCACCAGAUGGCAGGAAGUUCGGAAGCAAGUUCUUGGUAGAUCACGAAGUCCAUUUCACCUGCAACCCUGGGUUCCGGCUGGUUGGGCCCAGCAGCGUGGUGUGUCUUCCCAAUGGCACCUGGACCGGGGAGCAGCCCCGCUGCAGAGAGAUCAGUGAAUGCUCCAAUCAGCCUUGUCAAGAUGGCGGGACGUGCGUCGAAGGCGUCAGUCAGCACAGGUGCAUUUGUCCCCCAGGAAGGACUGGGAGUCACUGUCAGCAUCAGGCUCAGACUGCGACCCCCGAGGAGGAGGACCAGAGCGACGUGGCCGACGACCCCGCCUUCAGCCGCGCGCCGCGCUGUGCGCAGGUGGAGCGGGCGCAGCACUGCAGCUGCGAGGCCGGCUUCCACCUGAGCGCGGCCGCGGGCCGCAGCGUCUGCCAGGAUGUGAACGAGUGUGAACUCUACGGGCAGGAGGGGCGCCCCCGGCUCUGCAUGCACGCCUGUGUCAAUACCCCGGGCUCCUACCGCUGCUCCUGUCCCAGUGGAUACCGCACCCUGGCUGACGGGAAGACGUGUGAGGAUGUUGACGAGUGUGCAGGUUCACAGCACGUGUGCCCGCAGGGGACCACCUGCAUCAACACCGGGGGAGGCUUCCAGUGCGUCAGCCCUGAGUGCCCUGAGGGCAGCGGCAACGUGAGCUACGUGAAGACUUCUCCCUUCCAGUGUGAGCGAAACCCCUGCCCCAUGGACAGCAGACCCUGCCGCAGCAUGCCCAAGACCAUCUCCUUCCAUUACCUCUCCCUGCCCUCCAACCUGAAGACGCCCAUCACGCUCUUCCGCAUGGCCACGGCCUCCGCCCCCGGCCGACCUGGGCCCAACAGCUUGCGGUUUGGGAUCGUGGGUGGGAACAGCCGUGGCCACUUUGUGAUGCAGCGCUCAGACCGACAGACAGGGGAGCUGAUCCUCGUCCAGACCCUGGAGGGACCUCAGACGCUGGAGGUGGACGUUGACAUGUCAGAAUACCUGGACCGCUCCUUCCAGGCCAACCAUGUGUCCAAGGUCACCAUCUUUGUGUCCCCCUAUGACUUCUAAGGCCUCGGGGGGCUGGGGGUGGAGAUCUGGGCUGAUUCCUCUCCCACAAGGCCUCAGCUGUGGCCACUGACUGGGACAGACGUCCUCUCCCCUGCCUCGCCCUGCCCUGUUCACCCAGGCACAGCCGGGUGGCCAGGAAACUACACUGCCACGUCACACUUCUUCCUGCUUUAAGGCUCUUCCUUUAGACGAUGUACUUUCUCAGACCUGUUUUUUUCAGAGGCUGGGCAGCUUUUCAAGGUGAAUGGCAUUGGGUUCGUACCAGCUGGGGAGGGGACGCCUAGGUGUGUGUCUGAGCUCGUGGUCACCAUUCUGCAUUGUUAUUACAAGCCUUGCUAGGAACAAAGUGCAUGCGGCUAUGCUGAGGACCCAGUGGCCCCUGUGCGCUUGGUGGGGGUCGUUCCCUCCCACCCGCAGCCUGAUGUCGUCCCCACUCCCUUCUGUGGCGUCCUGCCAGCCUUCGUACCAGAGAGCUGUGGGAGGGCCUUGACCCCACCAGAUCCUUCCAGACCAAGGAACGGGUCUUAAAGCAUGGGUUCUGCCUGAACUACUUUCCUUUUGAGAAAUCGCGUCUCAAAACGCAGCCUGGUAUUAUAGCUGAGGAAAUAAAAUCUAUCGCUCCCCCCUGCUCAUCUGACUUCUUGCUGAGCACGGGACAGCCCGGUUCCUUCUGGGAGGGGACAGCGGGCGCUCUUCCUGUCUGGGUUGGACAACUGGAAUAAAUGAAUAAGAGAGAAAGCACAAGGCAAUGUUUGGGUUUGGUCCACCAGUCUGAAUUUGUCUUGGCCCCACGAGUGACUGGAAGGACAUCGGCCUGGACAGUUUAGGAAAAUGCUCCCCUUGUCAUGGAUUCCGUGGCUUCCUACUUCUGUGGAAGAACCGAGGGGGCGAUGCCCUCCAGGCAACUGAAGCAGGAAGACUGGCCAGGACAGAGGACGGGUGGAGGGGGGCCGUUCCGUUAAAACCCAGAGGCCAGUGGGGCUGCGCGGAAGGUCCAGUGCAUGGUAAUUUACUGGUGAGUUUUCCUCACACAUAUUUUAUUUAAAAACUCUUUGAUC